AUGAGAGGUGGGAACAAGAUUGCUCAUAGACAAGAUCUGCAAAUGGCUGGAGAAUUCCCUCGUGUAGUUGACCAAUCCCGGUUUCUCACCUCUCCAGAUCGCCGAAACUCUCAUAGCUUGCCUCCUGCGUCUAUCACGCUACUACUUGAUCAGAAGGACUCCAUCAGUGAAGCUUUCCUUCCGGGGACAGUCGCCCCAAACUUGGCGCCCAUUUUAAGGGAGGGUUUGGGAUGUGUUAACGAGCGGAACUGGUGGAAUUUAGUUUCCGACGAAUCGAAGUCCCGAGUUCAAAGACGGGUGGAGAUAAUUGGAAAAGCUGCUUCUAUUGAGAAAGGAGAGAUGCUUAUCAAUCAGAUUAUAGCAGAGACUGAAGCAGGAGGUGUACCUAGCCUUUUAGGGUCCAUGAACAGAUGGAGAUUAAAGUUCAAAAUGAUAAGGUUGGUGUGA